AUGAAACUCAAUAAGCCAUUCCUGGCCAUUUAUUUGGCUUUCAACUUGGCCGAGGCUUCGAAAACUCCGGAUUGCAUCAAUGGUCCGCUGGCAAAGACCUUGGCAUGUGAUACAACGGCGUCACCUCCUGCGAGAGCAGCUGCUCUUGUGCAGGCUUUAAAUAUCACGGAAAAGCUUGUGAAUCUAGUGGACAUGAGCCUCGGUGCAGAAAGGAUCGGCCUUCCAGCUUAUGCUUGGUGGAACGAAGCUCUUCAUGGUGUUGCCGCGUCGCCUGGGGUCUCGUUCAAUCAGGCCGGACAAGAAUUCUCACACGCUACUUCAUUUGCGAAUACCAUUACGCUAGCAGCCGCCUUUGACAAUGACCUGGUUUACGAGGUGGCGGAUACCAUCAGCACUGAAGCGCGAGCGUUCAGCAAUGCCGAGCUCGCUGGACUGGAUUACUGGACGCCUAACAUCAACCCGUACAAAGAUCCGAGAUGGGGGAGGGGCCAUGAGACACCCGGAGAAGAUCCGGUACACAUCAAAGGCUACGUCCAAGCACUUCUCGAGGGCCUAGAAGGGAGAGAUAAGAUCAGAAAGGUGAUUGCCACUUGUAAACACUUUGCAGCCUAUGAUUUGGAGAGGUGGCAAGGGGCUCUUAGAUACAGGUUCAAUGCUGUUGUGACCUCGCAGGAUCUUUCGGAGUACUACCUCCAACCGUUUCAACAAUGCGCUCGAGACAGCAAGGUCGGGUCUUUCAUGUGCUCAUAUAAUGCCCUCAACGGAACACCGGCAUGUGCAAGCACGUAUUUGAUGGACGACAUCCUUCGAAAACACUGGAAUUGGACCGAGCACAACAACUAUAUUACGAGCGACUGUAAUGCUAUUCAGGACUUCCUCCCCAACUUUCACAACUUCAGCCAAACUCCAGCUCAAGCCGCCGCUGAUGCUUAUAACGCUGGUACAGACACCGUCUGUGAGGUGCCUGGAUACCCCCCACUCACAGAUGUAAUCGGAGCAUACAAUCAGUCUCUGCUGUCAGAGGAAAUUAUCGACCGAGCACUUCGCAGAUUAUACGAAGGCCUCAUCCGAGCUGGCUAUCUUGACUCAGCCUCCCCACAUCCAUACACCAAAAUCUCAUGGUCCCAAGUAAACACCCCCAAAGCCCAAGCCCUGGCUCUCCAGUCCGCCACCGACGGGAUAGUCCUUCUGAAAAACAACGGCCUCCUUCCCCUAGACCUCACCAACAAAACCAUAGCCCUCAUAGGCCACUGGGCUAAUGCAACCCGCCAAAUGCUAGGCGGCUACAGCGGUAUCCCCCCUUACUACGCCAACCCAAUCUAUGCAGCCACCCAGCUCAACGUCACUUUUCAUCACGCCCCAGGACCGGUGAACCAGUCAUCUCCCUCCCCAAAUGACACCUGGACCUCCCCCGCCCUCUCCGCGGCUUCCAAAUCGGAUAUCAUCCUCUACCUCGGCGGCACCGACCUCUCCAUCGCAGCCGAAGACCGAGACAGAGACUCCAUCGCCUGGCCAUCCGCUCAGCUUUCCUUGUUAACCUCCCUCGCCCAGAUGGGAAAACCCACAAUCGUAGCAAGACUAGGCGACCAAGUAGACGACACCCCCCUGCUCUCCAACCCAAACAUCUCCUCCAUCCUAUGGGUAGGCUACCCAGGCCAAUCAGGCGGAACAGCCCUCUUCAACAUCAUCACCGGAGUCAGCUCCCCCGCCGCUCGACUGCCCGUCACAGUCUACCCAGAAACUUACACCUCCCUCAUCCCCCUGACAGCCAUGUCCCUCCGCCCAACCUCCGCCCGCCCAGGUCGGACCUACAGGUGGUACCCCUCCCCCGUGCUCCCCUUCGGCCACGGCCUCCACUACACAACCUUUACCGCCAAAUUCGGCGUCUUUGAGUCCCUCACCAUCAACAUUGCCGAACUCGUUUCCAACUGUAGCGAACGAUACCUCGACCUCUGCCGGUUCCCGCAGGUGUCCGUCUGGGUGUCGAAUACGGGAGAACUCAAAUCUGAUUAUGUCGCCCUUGUUUUUGUCAGGGGUGAGUACGGACCGGAGCCGUACCCGAUCAAGACGCUGGUGGGGUACAAGCGGAUAAGGGAUAUCGAGCCGGGGACUACGGGGGCGGCGCCGGUGGGGGUGGUGCUGGGGGAUUUGGCUAGGGUGGAUUUGGGGGGGAAUAGGGUUUUGUUUCCGGGGAGGUAUGAGUUUCUGCUGGAUGUGGAGGGGGGGAGGGAUAGGGUUGUGAUCGAGUUGGUUGGGGAGGAGGUGGUGUUGGAGAAGUUUCCUCAGCCGCCUGCGGCGGGUUGA